UCUUUAAUUUCUGUAUUUUCCAAGCAUUCCACAAACCUUUCUUAGGUAUAUCUUUGAAAUAUAAAUUAAUUUUUGUUCCUAUUAAGGGCUGUUUUUGUUUCUUAAACACUUCCCUUUUGCCUGUUGGAUUAACAGAAACAAAGAAGAAUGAUUUUCUCAGACCCUCUGGUAACUUGUUUUAUAUUCUCUCUAGGUUACAUAGACUAUACACACCCUUCUCUAGCAAGGCCUGUUUUUAGUUCAGGGUCCAUUACCUUCUUGCUGUAGGUAAAUCUAAAUCUCUAAACCUUGGUUUCCUCAUCUGUACAUUAGGUAAUGGUGGUUAUAAGGAUCAUGGGAAAUAAUAUUUGUGGAAGCACUUGAUAGACCUUAACAUGUGAGAAUACAGGUUAUUUAUCUGGCCAAAAAUGCUGUGUAUGUGGAAAGGGAAAAUAACCCCACCUUCCCAAAAAAACUUUUUAAAAUCAUAGAUCUCUUUAAUUUUCAUGUGUUUGGAAGAAGAUUACUUGAAGACUGCUUUUGGAAUCAAAUAGCAUGGAUCCCAGCAGUGACUACCAUUUCCUCAAUCAGAUUUUGUGGAGAAGGGUGAAACUCACAUUGGUUUGUGGCAUCUUUGAAGGGGUGCUCCAGCAUGUGGACCCUAACAAGAUCGUUGUCCUGAAGAAAGUGAAGAAUGUGGAGACUGGCCGAAGUGUCCCAGGAGUGAAGAUGUUUUUUGGGCAUGAGAUUGUAAAUGUGGAACUACUAGAUGAAGUGGAACAAGGUGCAGUGAAAGAAAAGACAUCUUCUCUUAGCCUAAAAACAGAAAGAAGCGGUCUGGAUAAAAUGAAAGAUGAAAAUCUAAAUGUAUAUGAGCCUGCUUGUCCUGCACUUGAGGCACCUUCCACCUCUCUGCUGAAUGACUUCAAGUAUAACCCAUCUGAAGAAGAGGAGGUGACAUAUACAGUUGUUGAUCAGUUCCAGCAGAAGUUUGGUGCUGCAAUGCUCCACAUCAAGAAACAGAGUGCUCUGGGUGUGGCGGCAGAGGGAGCUAAUGUGUGUCGUCAUGGGAAACUGUGUUGGCUUCAGGUGGCCACAAAUAGCCGUGUUUACUUAUUUGACAUUUUUCUUCUGGGAAGUCGUGCUUUCAACAAUGGACUUCAGAUGGUAUUAGAAGACAAGAGAAUUUUGAAAGUUAUUCACGAUUGUCGUUGGCUUUCUGAUUGCCUCUUUCAUCAGUAUGGGAUUUUGCUGAAUAAUGUCUUUGACACACAGGUUGCAGAUGUCCUUCAGUUUUCCAUGGAAACAGGUGGCUUUCUUCCAAACUGCAUCAGUACUUUGCAGGAGUGUUUAGUCAGACACCUUGAAGUAGCCCCUAAAUAUGUCUCCUUUCUGGAAGAGAGACAAAAACUGAUAAGGGAAAAUCCAGAAGUGUGGUUUACACGACCUCUUUCACCUACUUUGCUGAAAAUUUUGGCCCUGGAAGCUACCUAUCUGCUACCCCUUCGCUUGGUACUCCUAGAUGAGAUGAUGUCUGACCUAACCACCCUGGUGGAUGGGUACUUAAAUGCCUAUCGAGAAGAGUCUGCAGAUCGGCUUGGAGGCACAGAGCCUACAUGUAUGGAGCUUCCAGAAGAGCUGUUUCAACUCAAGGACUUCCAGAAGCAGCGCAGAGAGAGAGCUGCAAAAGAAUACAGGGUGAAUGCAAAGGGGCUCCUGAUAAGGACAGUGCUGCAUCCAAAGAAAUCAGUGCCAGAGACAGCAGGGGAAGAAGAAAAAGUAAGAGGUUUCUUACAUUGUAAAAAUCCUAGGAUAGAUAAAGUUCCCAGUUUUGCAUCUCAUGAAUCCUGUGAGGAAGUGAAUUUGCUGCAAGAAAGAUCUGAGAGUAAGGAAACUAAAACAAAACCUCAACAUCCACCUCCCAUAAAGGAAGCAGAAGUUAGUGAAGAUUCUGAGAAACUCAUUUGCCUCGAGUUAAAGUGGGCAGAGGAUCAGAGAAUUCCUCAAAAAGAACACAUUAAGAUAUCCAAACAUGAGUUUCAGACAAAUUUAUCUUUGAAAGAAGAGAUAGAACAAUUAUUGAAGGUGGAAAACAAGGAAGAUUUAAAAUGCACAAAACAAGAUGUUUCAGUGUCUCCUUCUCUUCCUCAGGAAACCACAGCAACUCUGAGUGACACCUUUCAUCCUGUAAGACAAGCUGUGCUUUCCACACUUCCACCCUGUCCAGCUUUGGAGAAGACUGAUCCCUGGAUAAAUUCUUCUCUAAAUCUGCCCUAGAAAUGCAAUUUGUUCUUAAGGCCAUAAAAAUGGCUCAUUUCCCCAGCUAUCAGGGCCUUCCAUUUGGAAGCUUGUAACUCAUUGCUUAAGUUACUCGCCUAAGUUUGGUUAUUGUUCAUUCAUAGGCUUUGGGGAAAAUUAUAUCCUCUUGUAGAAAUUUUCUUCUCAUUUUGCCUACACCUGCAUUCCUGGUAUUUGGAUUGGGAUGGUAAUGAGUAAGUUAAAUAACAAAAGAAGUAAAAUUUCUGAUUAUGUCACUGUGCAGAAGAGUUCCCAGUGGCCAGAGUGAAUUAUUUCUCAUAAUUUGGGUUUAGAAAAUUUGAAGAAGGUAAAAAUCUUGAAUUUAGUAUCAGGAAGAAUCUGUACUUAUUUUUUUCUUUUAGAUUGGCUUGAAAGGAUUUGGCAAAACUCCUAGCAACUGUGCUAUAAGUUAAAAAAAAAUUGGUACCUGACAGCUUUACCAACCCUUUUUCCUUUUUACAAUAUUCCUGUUUGUUUCAUUUUUUUUAACUGCAUUUACUUUUAGAAGAUUUUGUCCAUUUUCCUAACAAACCAGAGACCCUGGGCUUAUAUUAAUAUGUCUACUAUGUAAACUUGAAGUUUGUUCUUUUUGCCUGAAGUUGAUAUACUUUCUUAGGGUCAAGAGAAGGCAGAUUUGCUUUUUUUAUAUUGAAUACUUGCAAGUUGUUAACAUUCUUUUGUCUAAAGUAACGA